AUGGGUAUGGAGAGCCUGCCUUUCACAUCAGAAAACUCCAUUGGCGACAUCCUGGGACCUUUUAAUCAUAUCAAGUCAAGUCUACUGGGAUCCACAUCUGAUUCAAAUCUCAACAAAUACAGCACCAUCAACAAGAUUCCUCAGCUUACUUUGAAUUUUUCAGACGUCAAAACUGAAAAAAAGAACACAUCCCCUCCAUCUUCUGAGAAAACAAUUAUUGCACCCAAGGUUAAAGAUCGAACACACAAUGUGACAGAGAAAGUUACCCAGGUUCUAUCCUUAGGAGCAGAUGUCUUGCCAGAAUAUAAACUACAGACGCCUCGGAUCAACAAGUUUACUAUAUUGCACUACAGCCCUUUCAAAGCCGUCUGGGACUGGCUUAUCCUGUUGCUGGUCAUAUACACUGCUAUAUUCACCCCUUACUCUGCAGCCUUUCUCCUGAAUGACAGAGAAGAGCAGAAGAGAAGAGAGUGUGGCUAUUCUUGCAGCCCCCUCAAUGUGGUAGACUUGAUUGUGGAUAUUAUGUUUAUCAUAGAUAUUCUAAUAAACUUUCGAACCACCUAUGUAAACCAGAAUGAAGAAGUGGUAAGUGAUCCAGCCAAAAUUGCAAUUCAUUACUUCAAAGGCUGGUUCCUGAUUGAUAUGGUUGCAGCGAUACCUUUUGACUUGCUGAUUUUUGGAUCUGGCUCUGAUGAGACCACAACAUUAAUUGGCCUUUUGAAGACAGCUAGGCUUCUGCGAUUGGUGAGAGUGGCACGGAAAUUGGACCGAUAUUCUGAAUAUGGUGCUGCUGUUCUCAUGCUUCUCAUGUGCAUAUUUGCGCUAAUUGCACAUUGGCUGGCUUGUAUUUGGUAUGCCAUUGGCAAUGUAGAAAGGCCUUACCUGAUUGACAAAAUUGGAUGGUUGGAUACCUUAGGACAACAAAUUGGAAAACGUUACAAUCAAAGUGAUGCAAGCUCUGGACCAUCCAUUAAAGACAAAUACGUUACAGCACUUUACUUUACCUUCAGCAGUUUAACAAGUGUAGGAUUCGGGAAUGUGUCUCCUAACACCAAUUCGGAGAAAAUCUUUUCCAUUUGUGUCAUGUUGAUUGGCUCACUAAUGUAUGCAAGCAUUUUUGGGAAUGUAUCUGCAAUUAUCCAAAGACUGUACUCAGGAACCGCCAGGUACCACAUGCAGAUGCUGCGAGUAAAAGAAUUCAUUCGCUUUCACCAAAUUCCUAACCCUCUGCGGCAGCGGCUUGAAGAAUAUUUCCAACAUGCUUGGACUUACACCAAUGGCAUUGACAUGAAUAUGGUCCUAAAGGGGUUUCCAGAGUGUCUACAAGCUGACAUUUGCCUGCAUCUCAACCAGACUUUACUUCAGAACUGCAAAGCUUUUCGGGGGGCCAGUAAAGGUUGCCUCCGAGCUUUGGCUAUGAAGUUUAAGACAACACAUGCACCUCCAGGAGACACCCUAGUUCACUGUGGGGAUGUCCUCACUGCACUUUACUUCCUAUCCAGAGGCUCCAUUGAAAUCCUCAAAGAUGACAUUGUCGUGGCUAUUCUGGGGAAAAAUGACAUAUUUGGAGAAAUGGUUCAUCUUUAUGCAAAACCUGGAAAAUCGAAUGCAGAUGUAAGAGCUUUAACAUACUGUGACUUGCAUAAGAUCCAGCGAGAAGACUUGUUAGAGGUUUUGGAUAUGUAUCCUGAAUUUUCUGAUCACUUUCUGACUAAUCUAGAGUUGACUUUUAAUCUAAGGCAUGAAAAUGCAAAGGCUGAUCUCAUAAUAAGAUCACAAUCUACAAAUGAUUCUGAUGGAGAGAACUGUAAACUUCGGAGAAGGAAAUUAUCUUUUGAAAGUGAAAUAGAGAAAGAUUAUCACAAAGGAACUAGUACACAUGAUCCUGGAGACUUCGUAGACACCACAAGACGUUAUCAGUGUUCCAAGAAACAUUUUGAAGAGAAGAAAAGUGGAUCAUCAUCAUUUAUCUCAUCCAUUGAUGAUGAACAAAAACCUCUCUUCUCCAGAAUAAUGGAUUAUGCUCCAGGAACAGAGAAAAGAACCAGCUUGAAUUUUGAAGAACAAACUAUGACCACUUCAGAAAGACUCCAUCUUGAUAAAAGAAGUCAUUCUUACAAAGAUAUCACUGAUGCAAGAAAUUGGGAACAAGAAAAUUCCCGGGGACACCAAGAGGUCCCUAGUCCCUCAGCAUACCACCGUGUUACCUGGGGGAUCUGUGAAACUGAAAGUGAUCUCACCUAUGGAGAAGUGGAACAUCGGUUAGAUUUACUCCAAGAACAACUUAACAGACUUGAAUCUCAAAUGACAGCUGAUAUUCAAACUAUUCUGCAAUUACUGCAGAGGCAAACUCCCGUGGUCCCACCUGCUUAUAGUAUGGUGACAACAGGGUCAGAAUAUCAAAGACCAACUCUCCAAGUGAUGAAAACUCAUCAAACUGUAGCAUCUAUUAAAACUGACAGAAGCUUUAGUCCUUCUUCACAAUGUCCUGAAUUCCUAGACCUUGAAAAAUCUAAACUUAAAUCCAAAGAAUCGCUCUCCAGUGGGGUGCACCUGAACACAGCCUCAGAAGACAACUUGACUUCACUUUUAGAACAAGAACCUGAUCGCUCUUUAGAGCUCCAUUCACAGCACAGUAAAACUUACCUUCAUCCCAUUAGGCAUCAUCCUUCUUUACCAGAUUCUUCCCUAAGCAAUAUAGGAAUCUUGGGUCUUCAUAGGCAUGUUUCUGAUCCUGGUCUUCCUGGGAAAUAAUUGUUAUUAUUAUUAUUUUUUUUUACUAUUUACUUCAUAUAAAAUGUAAGUGCUUUUAAUGGCUGCUUCCUUUUUUUGUAUUUAAAUCCUCUAUACUUGACUCAGGGGCUAACAAGUUACCAUUAUAUGCAAAAGUACUGUAUAUUUUCCUAAAUUAAAGCUUGUAAGGUAAAGUUGAGCAGUUAGAUGUAAAUAUACUUAAGAACUAUGUUCACAUGUUAACAACUGCCAGCAUCUCAAGGCACCUUAUAUAUUUUUUUUUUUUUAUUUUUUAACACCUGCAUGUUAGGAAACUCCAACUGAUGUUGCAUGGACAAUAUCAUUUACUGCUUUCACUAAAACAGUACUUUGUUGUAAAAUGCCUUCCAAGUAAAUAAGAGGCCAGAGGAUGAUCUAGUUCACGGACAUAACUCAGAAUUUAUUAAACUAGCUCAUCUGGAGUUCAAAGGAGAACCAAAAAAAAAUUUGUCCAUUUUGAAAAGCUGUAAUCAUCUUUCCAUAUGGAGCAUUUUCUACUCAAUGGCACUUAUUCCAUUAAGGGAUUAUAAAAUCACUAACAGGAGGAAAUAACCUCUUCUAAGUAAGUGUAGGUACUUUAAGAGAUUGAACUCUUUGACUUAAAGGACUAUCACCAAUUACACUGAUAAAACACAUUAAUUUAGUAAUUACCAGAGGCAUAUUUUUUUUACUACAAAAGGACACAUUUAUUUAAUUUUCCUUUUCUUGACCCUCCUCAAAACUUAUAAAACUUGGCUGACAGACUGAUUCACACACUUCUUUCUUGUUAUUCUACCUUAGGACAUGUUGAACCACAUCUAUUUUCAUGUCACUGUUCCUUUCAAAGGCUUAUCCAUCUUAACCCUCACUCUUAAUCCCUCCAAAAUAUUGCAUUUGCAGUAGAAGUAUUUCUGUUUUUUUUUUAUCUUUUGUGCUAUAUAGGCUAAAGAAUAUGUAUAUUAUUUGACUAAAACAUCAUAGUAAAACCUCAGUUAAGUUAGAAUGUUUACAGAAUGGAGAAUUCUGAUUGGUUAGAAAAGGGUUUGAAUCUAGGAUUUUUGGAACAGAAAGGUUAGAGAUCACCUACUCAAAUCUCAUUUUGCAGAUUUGGUUUCAAUCUACUGAACACUUUCUAAAGUGUAUUAGUAAAUUUUCCUGCCUUAAGUUAAAUAUACCAAAAGUAAUUUCAUCUUUCUUUGAUGCUCCAGAAUCUCACACAGCAUCAAAGUCAUUAUUCUGAAUAUCAUUUGUCAUUGUAGAGAACUAUAAAAGACAAUAGAGAUUAGACAAAAUGUUUAUUGGUUCCAUGAUACAAUAACAUACCCUGGAAGAUAUUUUUAAAUAUAUCAUUAAGAUGGCAUCCUAUUUUUUUGAGUUUACCCCAAAAGAAAGGGCAGAAUUGAGUUGAGUACCACUUAACUGAGGUUUUCCUCCAUUUAAAAAUACACCCUAUGUCAUUUUUUAAAAUGUUAGUGUAGAUGUACCCAUAAUUGGGGAAGGGGUUCUUUUCAAUUUUCUUUAACAAUUUUUUUAAACCCACAUUGUCAUUCAUUAAAAGAGAGACUAAAAAUGUGCUAGGAUUCUGUGUAUUACAAUACUGACCAUCUUUCUAGGAUAUACAUGUAAUGUUAUUUAUCUUUGUGUACAAAUCUAACUACCUGUAAAUCCAAGAGGUGAUUUCUAAAGCUGCAAAUUCUGCAUACAUGACCAGCACUUUGUGAUUAGCUUGGCUUAUUUCUUAAAUAUUUGAUUGAUUCACACAUUGUAGAUCAAGUGACCCUAUUCUCCUACCUACAUUUCACAACAUGGCUGGGUUAUUAGAUAAUCUUCUAAAUUUUAGUUGGGCAGUGGAAAAUGAAUUUGCACAGAUGGUGAUUAUAUUUUGUUACUCUGCUUAAUUUAUGAAAAGCAGAGAAGCACAAAUUAUUAGGACUGGUUUACACAAUGCCAAAAUUUCUUUAAAAAAUUCACACCAGCUCUUUGUUGUUGUGUAGACAACCUUCACAAUAGGCAUUUUAUUGUUACAUCUUCAGCUAAAAUGACUUGGAAAAAAAAAAAGCUAAUCCUUGGUUUAAGGAGCCUUUGAUUAUAUUCACCAAAAAAUUGCCAUACAAAAAAGACUGCCUUGCCAGGCAAGGCAAUUUAAACAUGCUAUGUUUGUAAUGUUCUAUUUUGGAAUGUUUGUCUGGAAUGUUCUAUUAUGUUUAUUGUGAAGACAAGCACAAAACCUGGCCUUCCACAAAGACACCCAUUUUUCCAUAAAAUUGAAGAAUGGCAUGAUUGUAAAGAUUGUGAAAGAAUUUUACCGUAUUUAAUUUUUUGCAUAAAAACAACUUUUUCUACUUUAAUUCCUUUGAAUUAAAAUAGUGGGUUAUUGUUUUUAAAAAUUAUAGCAUCUUAUGAUUAGAGGGGUGACUUAAAUAUUAAAUAAUUAGAAGGAUGACUCUUCUGACAUUGCAUUAUAAAAAUAGGAUAGAGUAAUGUAUUAUGAUUGAUUGGUCAGAUGGAAAGCAUUGGUAUUGAUAACAUCUCCCAAUAAUUUACCACAGUUAUCUAGCACUUAAUUGGGAAUGUGAAGCAGCCCAAGGAAUGUGGAAUGAGUAAAAUACUCAGUUCUGAUUUUCUUAAAAUCAUGUUUUCAAUUUCCUUUCAGCUUAAAAAAAUUUCUGUUCUGUCCUAGGUUACCGACUCAGCAAAGUGCAGCAUAUUUAGUCAGUAAUAGCCUCAUGGUGUUUUCUUCACCAAUCUUUCAUCUACACCUGGGUCCUUAAGAAUCCUUUAGGCUUUCUUAUAACAUUAGAAAUGUUACUUGGUGCCUGACCCAACUAAGUUUCUAUCUAAAUAUAUCCCCAAUUCAUUUAGAUCUGUUUUUUCUGCUGUUACCAUCAGAUAGGCAGAUGGCCUACACAUACUUAGACUUAACAUUUCAUCUUGCUAGUGGAUUGCCAUUGUACCUAUCCUUAUCUAACCCCCUUUGGCUUGUUCUACACUUCAGUUAUUAAAAUUGAGAACCUAGGAUAAAGAAACACCUGUUAAUAUUGUUCUCACAGUUUUUUAAAAUUAAUAAAUGCUCACCCAACAGACACUAGGGACUGCUCUCUGUUUUCGAAGAUGCACUGGUGCAAACUCAUCAAGGCUACUAAGCAAAAAAAAAAAGUGGAAAUUUUUCCUUCCAUCCUAGACCAUGCCAUUUUCAUACAUCUUUAAACUAAUAUUUGAUUUUCCAUGUGCAAGAAUUGUCUAUUUUGGGGGGAACUCCUGCCAGAAGCUAACUUUUAGCUGUACAACCAUAAGUAAUGGCUCUAACUGUAACCACCCAGUAACUGCUGAGGGAAAUUUAUUGUUCCAAAUGACAUUUCAAAUUAAAAAAAAAAAAUUAAUUGGGAUCUGAUCUACAGAGCUAAUUUGCAUUAAAAGCAAUGAUUUUAAUCACAUUUAUGAGCAUGCACAGACUACUAUGCUCUGUGGAAGCUGAAAGUGAUGUGAUUGAAUAUGAAUUGUUUAGGCUGUUUAUAACAUACUUAAGCACUAAUUGUAUCUGUUUGACCAAGAAGGGUUCUUAAAUUGCAUGACCACAAUAUAAAGGUGAUUAAUGAAUUUCAUUUACUUUUAAAAUACCAUUUUCCCAAUGAUAAAAAUACUAAAUUGCCAUUAAACUUCCAUUUAUACAUCUAUAGGUUAAAAAAAAAGGAACAUGCAUCAUAUGCACGCAAAUGCUUAUGUCAUACAGAGUAGCAUGCUUGUUUUAGAAACUUCUUAUAAAAAAAGUAACAGGAAAAUGGCAUAAUUGUCCAUAUUUUAUCAGUCAUAUGAUACAACUAACAAGACUUUAAACCUUUCUCAAGAUAUUAUUCUACUUGAAUACAAGUCAGGAAAACUGGAAUGGGUAGAAUUAAGUAGUGGUCUCUCAUGAUAUAACACCAUUGCUAUUCUUUGUUUCAUGGUACCCUAUAUUUACUAGGAAUGAGAUUUUAAAUUAUAUUACUACUAACUAAUGAUUGAUUGGAUUCAUAAGUCUGAAGGCAAGUUCAACACUAUGAGAUAAAACAACUAUGGGAUAAAAUUUCUCAUUGCAUAUCUUUGGUGCAAUAACUACAAUGAUUUCAACAUCUCUUCUGUACCUGAUUUUAAUGGCCCAUGGGAAAACUGUCUCCCUAAACUCACUAUUGCCAGAAUGCAUUAUUUGUAAAGGCCAACUAACUAAACAGCAAAGCAAUGAUAAUAUGGAUUCCUGAGGUUUCUGACUGUCUGAGCUAAAAUCAUAUCUAUUAGCACAGAAUGUUAUACUUGAAAUACAACUUCAAAAUCAUCAAGUCCAACUUAUAUUUAUAGACAAAGAAAAUGAGGCCCAGAUAGAUCCUCUUGCCCAAGGUCCCACAGCUAGUCAGACAAAGAAACCUAAAACUCAGGUUUCCCAGUUUGUAGGAGUGUUCUUUCUAGCAGUCCACAUUGCCUUUUUGGCCCCCAAGAAAUGUAAAAACUAAAUGCUCAGGGCUAAAAACAACAGCAACAAUUAUUUUCAGGUAGGUAUUCUCUUAGUCACUCCCAUAUCUGUCCCAUUGACACAAAACACUACCUUAAGAGAACAACAAAGUGUUACACUAAUAUUUAAACUUAAUACAAGCUUCCCCCAUCCAAAUAUCUCAGUAUUUUUUCCUUAAGUUACACUGAACUUAAAUGAAUAGUAAUGGUAAUUCUUUAGUUCUUAAUUUAAAAGAUGGCACUUAUAUUUAAAUAUUUGAGUAAUGAAUGGCAAAUCAAUGUGUACACUUAAAGCAGUUGACUCUGUUGUUUUUACCCAAUACGAAUAUCCAUUAUAGAGUACCUAUCUGUUAUAGAAAAAUACGCACUUUCAAAAACAUAAAUUAGGUAACUAUUUGCAUUGCAAAAGUGAAUAUUAGACACUUUUUAAAGAGGAAGCUGCCUUAAUACAAUUAAGUAUGCUCACUUAUAUUAUCUGAUAAGGGAUUUGGUUGGGAGGAAGCAGAAUUGCAAAUCAAAAAUGCUACCAAACUGCCCGCUGAAGAUCAAGAAGCAUUGACAAAUCCAUGGAAUGAUACGCUUUAAUUUACAGACCAUUCUUCAGGAAUACAUGAUUGCAUACAGCAAAGCAUGUUAAUUUAAACAUUAGUAGCACAGUAGCUUCUUCAAAAAGUCAAACUUAAUUGAGCACAAUAAGUUACUACAGUAGCAAAGCCUCUGAAAUAUUUUUGGUUUGCAAAUAGUCAAGGGAAAACAACCCAAAACCAGGAAAAAAUUAACACUCUCUAGAUAAAUCCCAACAUUGUAAGCAUGGGAAUUCCAUUCUUUUAUUUACCUUGUGUUAAAUGAUAACAUUUAAUUAACUUGCAGUUUUAAAGCAUGUCUGCAUAUGUUUAAACCUGUUUCCUUAUAGCUCAGCAACCAGGUGUAUUUGUAUACAUGUGAAAUGGUGUGGCUGUCACUCUUUCCUUCUAAAGUCCUUCAAUGACUCUUCUGUUAUUUUUAUCAAAAAUCAUUAUGAAAACAAAGCUUUUAUUUUACAGUAACACUUCUUAAGUCCUCUUGGAGUGUGCUGUAACAAAAGGUAUUAUUACUCUUUUGGAAUUUACAUUUUCCCUAUUUUUAACAAGUAGAUUCUCUGUGUGUCAUUAUAAAACAUUAAUUCAGGAUUUAAGGAAAAUAUUUUUUCUCUAAAAAAAGUUCAAGAAAGUCCUUAAGAAAAACAUUUCAAGAAUCUCUAGUUGCAGCCAUGUAAUUCCCUUUGAUUUUAAUGGAAGGCAUAGUAUCAAGUGUGCAUUUGUGACUAAAAUAUGAAAUAUUAGAAUUGUAAUUGGAAAAAUAAGUUAGAAUGUUUUCUGAUGCUGAGAUAAUACAUUUCAAAAUACUAAACCAAUGAAAAGUAUAUUUUGAAAGGAAUGCUUUUUUAAUCACUUAAAAGAUUUCAACCAUAUAAGACGACUAAGGAAAAAAUCUCAUUCAUUGUACCUUUGUUUAAGUAGUAAAUAUCCAGAAUGUUUCUAACAUAAUGAAACAGCUUACCAAAACAUGCUAUACUGUUCCCUUUGUCUUUACUCAUACUAUGUAGCAUGAAAUCACGAAGGUGACUUUGAAGUAACUGUACAGAAAUAUUUAUUUUUUAGCAAAUGUUUUCUUCAAAGAUUAUGUGAUAUUGACAGCAUAAACCAUUUGCACAAAUAGUUUUGCAAUAACCCUCUGAAAAUAACUGUAAAUAGAAAAAAUGUAAAUUGCAAUGUAAAAAUUAUUGCAGAUUUUUGGUAGCUAAAAAAAGCAUACAGGGAGUUAAACUGUAAAAGUUGUAUUGAUAUUAUAAUGUACAUAUAGAAUUCAAGAAUGAAGGAAAUCAUUUCUGGACUAUUUAUAUGAGACAAUUGAGCUAUUUCAAACACACAAAUGAAUAUUGUUUAGAGGCAUCAAAGGUGGUUCUCUGUCUUCUGAUAAUUAAGAUAGAAACUUUUUGAGGGGCUAACUGCAUUUCCAACAUUUUUUAUUAGGUAUAGCACCAGACAGAGGCAUGAUGGUGCUGAUUUAUUUUUUUAAAAAUCACUUAAUUAUAAGAACAGUGCUGCAUUUUACUUGGGUUUAUUAAGACACUGAGUAGUGGGACCGUAUGGAUGCAUGAUAAAACCUAUUAUGUUUAAAAUUAAGGAAAUGUCUUUUUUUUAAGUUCUUUGUUAUAACUCAAAAGGGACUCACUAAAAUAGCAAUUUCCUUUGUAAAAUCAUUUGUCCUAUUGUGCAAGAUAUCUAAUCUUUAAACAUACGACUUAAUUUUAAACUGAAAAGUUUAUAUAACACACCAUGUAUUCAUUUAUCUUUUCCUUAGUUUGGAAAAUGAAAAAUGUCUGCUUUUUUAAUUUACAUAAAUUUCUAUGCAUUUCUUAGUCUCUUCCCUAAGGGAGAAAACUGUAUUUGCAAGAAUUAUUUUCUAAUAUAUGAUAUAAAAUCUAACAGUGAAAUAGUUGGCCCUUCUAUUGACAAUGUGGACCUUUCAAAUGCAAAGUCAAGUUAAGGAAUGUUAGUAAUUUAUUUGGCUUGAUAUUCCUAACUUUCAUUAACAAGAAACCUAAAACUGGCACAAGGAAAACACUCUUGCUUGUAUAAAUAAAUGUUGAAACAAAAGCAAAUAUACUAAAGUAGCAUGCAUUGAGCAAAUUUCAUCAAUGAACACUCCGCCAAUUAUUAGGUUCUAGACAGCAUAGGACAGAAAGCCAAAUUUUACAACUUCUGUGUUUUGUUAUAGGGUUACAAUUUUGGAAUGAUAGAUACGGGAAAAUUUUAGACCAACAUUCAAAGGAGAAUGCCACCUCAGAGUCAAUCAAAAAUUAGCCCAUGAUAUCAAAGAAAAAUGAAUUUCUAAUCUGUAUAGUUUGGGGGCAUGUUUCCUUGCACUGUUUGUUUAGUCCUUUGAAAUUACAAUUAACUGUAGCAAUGCAUAUUUUUAUAGUUAAGUAGUACUAUCUAAUUAAACUUGAUUUGCUUGUAAAGGCCCAUGGCUAGCUGUAUUUGUAUUUCACUUAUUAUAGGGCAGACUUUGGCAAUCCUGGAAGUGUUGGAGGGUAGCAUCAGGCCAUUCUGUCCGGCACACAUCUCAAAAAUAUGGCCAC